CUAACUCCUUCUCUAUAUAUGUCACCAAGGACUCUUCUGAGUCCCGAUCCACAACACAGUCAGUCUGUCAGCGCGAUGCCUAGUAAACCUGCACCCAUCAAAAGGUCUGCAGCCAAGAAGGCUCUGGCUCAAGAGAAGGCACCUGAACUCGCUCUACCUGCUGAGACACCAGCUGAAGUAUCUCCUCCAGCCGAGGUGGAGGCCCCUCCAGCGGCUCCAGUUGAGGACACACCCUCAGGAGAGGGAACAGCUCCAGCCGUUCCAGCAGAAGCUGCUGUCGUUGACGAGCCACCCAAAGCUCCCACACCCCCGCCUCCAGCAGUCCCCACCAGCGCCCCGCUGGAUGUGUCUGUAGAUGACGUGAAUGACAGCAGCCUCACCAUUAAGUGGAAAACACCAGACACCAUUGGAAACGAUGGCUUGCUUGGAUACACCAUAGAGUACUGCAAGGAUGGAACAGCCGAGUGGAUUGCAGCUAAUGAGCAGCUGACUCCUGACAACCAUUACCGCAUCAGGGACCUGACAACCGGAGACUUGCUGCGUGUGCGCGUGGUGGCUGUCAACCCUGCUGGCCGUAGUGAACCUGGUCUUCUCCCUGAGCCUGUGGCAAUCCAUGAAAUUGGUGACCGACCCAAGAUCCGCUUGCCUCGUAUUCUCAGGUCCCGAUAUGUUAAGAAGGUUGGGGAACAGAUCAACCUUGUCAUCCCAUUUGUUGGAAAACCUAAUCCUGCCGUGUCCUGGCUGAAAGAUGGUCAGCCUGUGGACACAAAACGAGUCAACAUCAGGAACAGUGACAGGGACAGCAUCUUGUUUAUACGCAGCUCUCAGAGGGAGGACUCGGGUGUUUACAAGAUGACGCUGAAAGUGGACAGCCUUGAAGACAACGCUACCAUCACCCUUCAGAUUGUCGAGCUUCCUGGUCCUCCUGCAAGUGUGAAGUUGGUAGAUUCUUGGGGCUUCAACGCUGCUCUGGAGUGGACUCCCCCAAAAGAUAACGGCAACACGGAGAUCACUGGAUACUCUGUUCAGAAGGCUGACCAGAAGACAGGGGAGUGGUUCACAGUGCUGGAGCACUACCACAGACUGACUGCCACUGUCUCAGACCUCAUCAUGGGCAACUCCUACACCUUCAGGGUGUUUGCUGAGAACCAAGUGGGGAAGAGUGAAAUGGCUGGUGUCACCAAGGAGGUGGCCACCAUCCAGAAGACAGGUAUUGUGUACAAGCCUCCUGAGUACCAGGAGCAUGACUUCAGAGAGGGUCCUAAAUUCACCACACCCCUUAUCGACCAUGCGGCCACUGUUGGAUACACAACCAAGCUGCUUUGUUCUGUUCGUGGUUCUCCCAAGCCAAAGAUUGAGUGGUUAAAGAACCAAAUGAUCAUUGGUAACGACCCCAAGUUUCGUCAGAUUUCCAAACAGGGUAUUUGCUCCCUCGAGAUCCGUAAACCCUGCAGCUUUGAUGGUGGUGUGUACACCUGCAGAGCCAAGAAUGAACAGGGAGAGGCCGCCGUGUCCUGCAAACUGGAAGUCAAACCUUUGAAGAAGCAGCAGAAGAAUGAUCAGGUCUUAUACUUUCGGUGUGUGCUAGAGUGAUUGAAGAAGAUGCAGCUGGCUGUGCAGACGUGUGUAAAUAGUGAAAAUCCCACUGACAUCUCAACCAUCUCUGGCGGUGUGAGAAACACACCACAGCCUUCCCAGUGUGUCACAUGGUGUUUCAGCUGGUGCCUUGUAUGUGAAACUAAAUUUACCAGAUUUGAUUCUGCUUGUUUUCUGUUUGUUACCAUAUGAAUUGUUGAAGAAGCAAUAAAACCUUCCCAAAUCCACUGAUAA